AUGACAUCGAAUGAGCGAGCUAAUUCAAUUAUUACAGAUUCUCUUGUGAAUGAAUACAAACAGAAUGGAGCUGUGUGUAUUCGAAACUUUUUAACUCAUAGUGAAAUUGACUUACUUCGACAAGGGAUCGAUGAAAACCUUGCAAAUCCGUCACCUCGCUUCAAAGUUGCUAGUCGUCCUGAUGAUACAGGUCGAUUUGUCGAAGAUUUUUGCACAUGGGAAGCAAAUCCCUAUUACAAGCAGUUUAUAUAUGAAUCACCCUGUGCUGCAGUAGCCGGACUACUGAUGGGAAGUUCAAUCAGUCGACUUUAUCAUGAUCAUUUACUCGUGAAAGAAGCCAACACAAAACAAGUCACUCCGUGGCAUCAAGAUCAACCUUAUUAUAAUAUUGCAGGAAACCAAACAUGCAGUUUCUGGAUACCUAUUGAUCCAGUCUCUCGUCAUUCAACACUUGAAUUCAUAGCAGGAUCACAUCGCGACGGGCAUUGGUUUAUGCCAAGAACAUUCAUGAGUUUGGAAGCAAAAUGGUUCCCCGAGGGAACACUCGAAGAAAUUCCCAAUAUUGAAGAUAAUCGAGACGCGUUUCCUAUUAUUGGUUGGCCUGUUGAGCCAGGAGAUGCUAUCGCUUUUCAUAUGCUUACCCUACAUGGCGCGAGAGGAACAAUGCCGAAUGAAGGUCGUCGACGAGUUUUUUCUGUUCGCUUCUUAGGUGAUGAUGUCAGGCAUUCACCCAGAAAAUGGAUUACAUCACCAGACUUUUCAGACAUUACCGAACAAAUAAAACCUGGUGAUGCGAUGGAUCAUCCUCGUUUUCCUAUUAUUUGGAAGUCAUCAUAA